AGCACCCCUGACUCACUUCCUUUGCAUCUCAGCGGAAACCUCCCCAGAGCUUCCUCUGCUUCGGUCCCUGGGGACCUGGCAGGAGUCACGGCCCCCUUCGAGCCUGAGCUGAGUCAGGCGGACCCUGACCCACCCACCUCACCUUUUGUGGGGAAGACUAACAUUUCCUGCUUCCUGGCCUUGGAAGGGAGUGGCUGAGCUGGGGAGUCUGAGCAGCAGCAGGGAGGGGGACCUGCAUGCCCAGUACAGCUCCUACACCAUGGAUCGCGGCCAACCUAGCCUAGAGCCCCAGGCUAAGGGCCCAAGCAUGAUCGCGCCGGUGCGCGCAGUGCUCCGUCUGCGCCGCCGCGUCUGCGUCCUGCGCAAGAGGCGCCUCUUGCAGCUAGGCACGGAACCGGACGCUGGGACAGGGGUACUCGGGUCCAGCGGCAGCUCCAGGAUUCUGCGUGCCGACCUAGACCAGCCUAAAUUCUUCACGUUCGACAGCCUGACAGAGUUGUCUUCCAGGACACCACGCAAGAGACGUAGGCGUAGUCGGGUAGUGCUCUACCCCGAAACCUCGCGAAAGUACCGACCCCGCACAGAGCGCCAGAGCCGUGCACAGCGUUGUCUGUUGCUGCUUGUAGCCAUCGUGGGGUUCCAGGUUCUUAACGCCAUUGAGAAUCUGGACGAUAAUGCACAACGUUAUGACCUUGACGGGCUGGAGAAGGCGCUGCGGCGUUCUGUGUUUGGCCAGCCAGCUGCUGUGGGCCGCAUUAUGGCCCUGCUGCGGGACUACCUGGCUACACACGUGCACAGUCAUCCCUUGCUCCUGGCUCUGCAUGGGCCUAGUGGUGUAGGCAAGAGUCAUGUGGGGCGCCUGCUGGCACGACACUUCCACGAUGUGCUGGAGGAUGGCGCGUUGGUGCUGCAGUACCAUGCACGGCAUCACUGUCCAGAGCAGCGCCCGGUUCAGGAAUGCCGGAAGGAGCUGGCACAGCGUGUGGCAGAUGUGGUGGCCCAGGCUGAGGCCGAGGAGAAGACCCCUCUCUUGGUCCUGGAUGAGGCUGAACUCCUGCCACCUGCGUUGCUAGAUGAGCUGCACGGUCUCCUGCAGCCACAGCGCUCGCACCACCUCCACAACGCUAUCUAUGUACUCCUAAGUGGCGUUGGUGGUCUAGAGAUCACACACUUUGUGCUACAGAACGCGUCACGUAUGUUGCCCCCACACCGUCACAGUGCAGGCAGCACUCUGACUGAGGUGUCCCAGGCUGAGGAGGAGUUACAUAGCAGCCUUCGAGAGCUCCUGGCCCGAGAGCACCCUUUGUGGCACUCGGCAGCCAUCGUGCCCUUCCUGCUAUUAGACAAGCCAGAUGUGGUCAACUGCUUCCGAGAGGAGAUGGCAGGGGAGGGCUUUUUCCCUGAGCAGGAGCUGGCAGAGCAUCUGGCAGAGCAGCUCAGCUACUACCAUGUUGCUGGACAUGAAUUUGCCAUCACUGGCUGCAAGCAGGUAGUAGCUAAGGUCAACCUUUUGCAGCAGAAACCUGCUCAUGCUGGACACUAGCCAGUGGUCCCAGGCAUUUGAGCUGUUGAAGAGCACAGGAAGCAUGUCAGGUGAUCUGUGGCCCCCAAGCUGGUUCACUCCAGGGAGGAUGAACUUUGAGCUCCCUCCCCACUUCCUCUCCCACCUCUGAGCCUUGAGAUUCCCUAGGGUCACCAGGGAAGCAGCCACCUUCCUAUCGGUCUGUAGUCUAGUCCCCCUCCUCAGCUCCCACUGUGUCCAUCAUGUCCCAGAACAUGUGAUAGGGCCUCCCACAACCCCAGGAGGUGGAUGUGUGCACUCAUGGUACAGAUUAUCUCAGGGUGAGUAGCUGUAGUGAGAACUUGGCCAUGUUGGAACGUGCGUUAGUUCCCGUGCUUCUCACAAACACCCAGUGACCCCUUGGAUGCCUCCUCAGCUUAGAGGCCACAAGGUAGGGAACGCUUCUCUAGGCCCUCCUGAGAUGGCAGUGGGUGGACAGAGGUCUACAAGCCAGUGAGUAGCUCUACUGGAACUCUCAAGUGUCAUGGAGCAUGGACUUGGCUGAAUGUGGACCUAAGUGGAGAACCAACCUCUUGAGACUCCGGCUACCUGUUUGCUCCAGUGACAGACAUGCAGAGUGUGACUUUGGAACCGGCCGCAAGGUUCAGGGUCCUGCUCACCAGGAGAGGUUAGAGAGGAGGAACCUGUCCAGAGGAGUGAUGGAUCUAUCCCCACCCACCCCUAGGGAGACCUGCUGGGAAACCAGCCGAGCUCAGGUUUCCCUAGAAACCGUCACUAGAGUCUUGUCCUAGUGCUGAGGGACUCACUCCUUCCACUGCCACCUGCUCUGGAGUGACAGCACUUGAGUCCACAGCAAAUAAUGGCAGCAGCGAAAGUGCACUGGGCCUUGAGGCUUCUGUUUGCAGGAAGCACCAGGCAUGCAUGAGGCCCAGUGAGGUGGAGUGGGGAACAGCUCAGGCUCUUGGCUGGACCCACGGGAUGACCAAAGGAGUCAAGGCCUCUACCUGCCUGUGCUGGGCUGGAUGUGGAGACCUCUUGUCCUUGACAGUGCAACUGUCUGGUUACUGUUCCCCAGCCCUCUCAAUUCCAUCUGCACAUGCUCAAGAGCAAGGUGCUGUGGAAUUUUCUUGGUAUGAGGCUCCUUAGUGCUCUGGCAACUUCUGUGCUGCCUCCUGGUGGCUGCACCCAGUCCUUGCCUGCAAAUGAUCACCAUUGUGGGUUAGAAAGGGGCACAUCCAAAAGUGGGGCCUGAGAAUACAGCAAGGGAUGACUCCAGAGGAGGUUAGAGAGGAGAAGCCCCUCCAGAGAGGUGAUGUUUCCUCCCCACCCUGAGGGGACCUGCUGGGAAACCACCCGAACUCAGGUUUCCCUAGAUCACCAGCCAGCUCCCUGAGCAGGCCCUGCACAUUUUUCAUUGUCUCCGGUUCAGCUUGCUCCAGCUGUGGUCUGAGGACCUGUGUGAUGGAGCUACUGGAAGAGGGACUCUGCAGAUGGACACCCCCACCUGCCUCGCUCUGCACACAGAUCUUAUGCCUGGGAGGUGACCUCAGGGAUCCUUCUUGCUCUAAGGUCUCCCUGAGGUUGAAAGGUUGGGCCAGGGUUGCAAUGGGAUGCAGAGGGUAGAUCUGGGAAUUCAAUAGGUUCACCACCCACCUUAGUCCACCUGCUGAGCCACAGGGAAGGUAGAGGCUCUUGCUCUACCUUCAGGCCUUCGUGUUGCUUCAGGGGUUUGUGUGCAAGACCUGCUGAGUGGGCGUGCUGGGCACUCCUUGCAAGAUGAUGCUGGGAUCCUCAGCACUCCCCCAAAAGGCCCCCAGGAUUGUCACCUGAAAACCCACCUGGAAGUGUCUCUUACCCAGCCAAGUGUUGCUUAUAUUCACUCAGUUAAACAUUGCAGAGCAUCGAUUUAGUGAAGAUUCAAACCCAUGCAAGUUUUCUUUUUAUUUAUUUAUAAAACAACACAUUUAUAAAAUAACUGUGUCGAGGCCAGUUUCUGGUCUUAAGAGUCCUGUACUCCCAACUCUGAGCAGCUUGUAUCAUGCUUGUAAAUAAACUGCAGCUCAAUUUAAGAGUUAA